CGGACUUGAGAUCGUCUCACUUGGCAUUUUCCCCCUUGUGAGUGCGCUUUACGAUGCCCAAGGACGGAUUCACGAGGAAUCCCUAUCCGGAUCUGGAUGUGACCGAGGAGCAGCGAGAACAGCUCAUCGAACUGGUGAAUGGAUGUGUACAGACCCAUUUCCAGAAAUAUGAACAAUACUACGUCACAGACCAGCACCGCGUGGACGAGCGUCGCUGGGAACACGUCAAGUCCAAGGACGAUCUCCACAUCUACAGUGAGCGCUCUCAGAAGGACCAGGCGCGUAAGGGGCUUGUACCAAACACUCUGAUCCAGUUAAGUGAGCACGAGAAGGACAUGGCAGUCAUGAUGAGUGUGGGCACAGUAGUGGGGGAACUGGAAGAUUUGAUGUUCGGGAUCAUCAACACGACGCGGGAUGCCAUGCGGAUCAAGGCUGCGUAUGUGGGAGAUGUCGAAAGUGGGGCCAUUCUGUGUCCCGUAGUGGAACCAAGUGAAAAGGAGCCGUUCCGGUCACUAACCGUAAAGUGGAUGGCGACGGAUGCGGCGUUAAAGUCCCACAAAUGUCGAGACUUUGUGGUCAUCGAGGCGACGGAUAUUCUACAGCUCGAGAACGGCGAACGUAUGGGCUACCACGUCCUACACUCCAUCGAAUUCCCUCAAACAAAACCCCUCCCGUACCUUAUUCGCGGGAAUAUGUCGGCGGUGGCCUUCUACCGACACAUUCACAGCACUAUUAUUGACACUUUCGGGUCGUGUAUCAUCGAUCCGGGACAGAAGACCAAGCGUCUGCUCUUCAUGCCAGCAGCAGCGAGUUCCAUUCUCACUGCGACGAACUACGUGCGUUGUGGUCAGUUGAAAAAGGUGGCGUGGAUGUUGCAGCGCCAACACGCUGGCUUUAAGCUGCGAGACGACAAUCGGACCCACAAAGGGUGCGUUAUGUGCGGGAAGAGCAAGAGUAUCCCUGGAAUCGGUAGAAGCACGUGCAAGCUCUGCAACGGGACCGUGUGCUACUCGUGUAAAGUACGAGAACGAAUGUACUUCAUCGGACAGGAUAACGAGCUGAUCCAGCGCAAGAUCGCCUUCUGCUCGCAGUGCAUGAGUAAGGCCAUCAACUGUAAUACCCAGGAAGCUGCGCAAGACCAAGCCACGGGCUACCACGACUCGUACGAUAGCGCUUCAACAUUCUCAGAGUCGACAUUUUCAGCUUUCUCGGAUUCCUCUUCGGUUUAUCACUAAAUAUAAUGGUUUGCAAAGGAAACGAGGUUUAGUAGGC